AUGGGGCCGUUUGGCUGAGCUUAAAAUAAGUGCUUCUUGCUUAAAAUAAAAAAGUGAAGUAGAAGUUAGAAGUUAGUUAAGACUUAUAAGUGAUUAAAGUGUUUGGCAAAAAAGUAGAAGUCAUGAAACAAAAACUAGGAAUUGUAGCUUUUUUUAAGUGCUUCUCGACUUUUUACACAAACGGUACGAAUAAGUGCUUCCAACUUAAAAGUCCAGAAGCGGGGCUUAAAAGCCCCGCCAAACACCCACUAUGUUGAGUCUACUUUGAAUUUGAGCCUCUUGAAACUAAUGAUACUUCAUGUAGCUAAGUUUAAUGCUUAAGAGGGCGCAGGAAUGUUCAGAUUCCAUCAACUUCUUUUGUCAAAAAAAUUUGAUUGGGAUUAAUGUAUAUGAGCAAAUAGCAAUGAAUCCAGUUCUCCCCACCUCUAACAACUUUCGUCACCCAAACUAUUCAUUUUUGCUUUCCAUGCAAACCCAAAUUGAAUUCUGAUAUGAUCGAAAGUAAAUCCAAUUUAAAAUGGAUAGAUCUUGGAUCGAUCCAAUUAUCCGACUUGUCAUGUUUACACGUAUGCAAAGAAUUAAGCUUUAGGGUUCCCCUCCUAUGCAAAAAAAGAAUUUUAAAAAAAUAUUUCUUCCACUUCUACUCCAGGAGCACAAAUGAACAAUAUAUGUAAAAGAGUCCAAUACUCCAAGUCAGGUUGAUCUUAUAUCCAGCGACAAAACUAGCCCAAAUAUGUAUACCAGGGUCUGAUAGAGCAUAUAUUUAUAUAUGCUUCUAUAUGAUUUUAUUCCCAUAAUUUUAGUAUUUUGUAAAUAAUCGGGUUAUUACUGAUUGAUUUUAAGUGUUUAAUGGCAGGAAAAUAAAUAUUUCUAAAGUUGGAUUAAAUCAAGCUUAAUUGGGCUUAAUCAGGUGAAAAUUCGGAUCUUACGGGCUACCUGCACAACAAACUUGUUUGGGUCAUAACUUGAGCUCUGGACGUCAGAAUUGGGCGAUUCAACAACCCACGCGAAGAUAUCGAAAUUGUCUACAAGUUUAAAGUGGUCCAGCUCUCUAAAGACAAAUGAAUCAGCCCAAAAUCAGGCCUGAAAGUCAGCCUACGAAUUUCUUUUCAGAAUCCAACUUGUUUUAGGAAAUUUGAUUUGUUUUUCAAGGAAACCAUUAAAACACUAUUAUUAUUAGGGUUUUGUAUUAUUAGAAAUAUAUCGAAUAGUGGGUAUUGAGAGAUAGAGGUAAAGAAAGCUUUGAGAGAUAACUUGAGCAAAGAUUGAAGGGAUUCAGUCAAAGUUCGAGAGAUUUCGUCAAGUGCACCAUAUAUACGCGAAGAUCGAAAAGUAUUGGAAAUUUCGAACCAGAUCCAGAAAUUGAGCGCACUUUUCGAGUUAGAAGGAAAGAAGCAAGGAGAAAGGAAGAGGAGGCCAAGAUGGAUGAUAACAAUAAUCCAAAUGGAAAUCUCAAUAUUGUUGUGCCUGAUGAGUCAUCCAUUCAGGAUCAUGAGACUCCUAAUCCUACUAAUUGCAUGUACAAGACUCCUGAGAUUGGUGCAGCUCAAUAUAACAUCAAUCUCAGUCUAAUUCAGAUGGUGAGCAAUUCUGCUUUUGAAGGAGACAUUGAGCGAGAGGAUCCACACCGCCAUCUAGAGCGCUUCGUGCAAAUGUGUGGUUCUUUCAGAAUUAAUGGUGUUACAGCAGAUCAGAUUCGUCUCCACAUGUUCCCUUAUUCUAUAAAGGGAAAAGCUUUGGAAUGGUUUCAACAGCUGUCAGAUACUGCUCUAGCUACUUGGGAUAAUCUUUCGACCGAGUUCCUAUCCAAAUAUUAUCCUUCUGACAAGACUCAACAAAUGAGAGCAAUUAUUCUUACUUUCAAAGCACAACCAGGUGAAGGCUUGUAUCAAGCAUGGGAGAGAUACAAGGCAUUGUUGAGAAAAUGUCCACAUCAUGGUUACGAGGAGUGGAUGGUUCUGAGUACUUUCUAUGGAGCUUUAAAUUCUGAUAUUCGGCUGAGUUUGGAUGUUGCAGCUGGAGGUAAUUUUAAGAAAGCACCAGUUCAUCAAGCUAAGGCACUUCUUGAGGAAUUGGCCUCAAAUAAUUAUGCUUGGGCACCCAGUGGUACAAGUUCAGUGAAAUCAGCACAAGACACUGAGAUGAUGAACUUGCUCACUCUGAAAUUGGAUGCUCUUACUCAAGAGGUCCGUGGACAAAAGGCAAGUGUCAAUGCUAUCUCUUCUCCGAUGGAAGGAUAUAUGGAUCCUAGUGUUAAUCAACACUCUUAUACACAACAGUUUCCGGAUGAAGCAUCUUUUAUCCAAGGAAGACAGUCAUGGCCUGUUCAGAAUAAUUCAUAUUACAAUCCAAAUCAAAGGCCCAACAACAAUCUUUCCUACAACAAUAGUCAUGCUGUUAAUCCAUCAUAUGCAGCUCCAAAGCAAAAUCCGCCUCCUGGUUUUCAACCACGUCAGCAAUAUCAAAGUCAACAACAGUUUCAACCUUUAUCUAAUGACAAAAAAGAGCCUGCUGAUUGGGAAGUUGCACUCGGCAAGAUGAUACAAGGAACUACUGGGGCUUUUGCUAAUAUCGAGACUAAAUUCAAUAAGGUUGAGUCGAGGAUUGAUCAGAUAGCUUCGUCACAGAAGAUGUUGGAAAUGCAGAUUGGCCAAAUUGCUAAUAAGGUUGGUGCUCGUGAGCAAGGAUCACUGCCUAGUCAACCAGAUGUGAAUGUCAAAGAACACUGCAAGGCUAUCACGUUGAGGAGUGGCAGAGAAUUACCAGAAGUUAGAGCGCCGGGACUAAAUGAUGCAACUCUUCCUCCUAAAAAGAGAAAGUCAUAUCAAAAUACUGUGAAAAUUGCUGAGAAGAGUGAGGAUGAGCCAAAAGAUGAGACUCCACCGAAAGCUCACGUGAAACAAUAUGUGCCUCCAAUCCCUUUCCCACAAAGGUUGACAAAUCGGAAGUUAGAGAAGCAAUAUGAGAAAUUUUUAAAGAUGUUUCGGGAGAUACAUAUUACCAUUCCUUUUGCUGAUGCUUUGGCUCAAAUGCCCCUUUAUGCGAAAUUCAUGAAACAGGUAUUAUCUAAUCGCAAGAAGUUAGAGGCGGUGGAGACCAUCAGUCUUAAUGAAGAGUGUAGUGCGGUUAUACAACACAGUAUUCCUCCUAAGCUCAAGGAUCCGGGGAGCUUUUCUUUGCCAUGCACUAUUGGGAAAGUCGGAAUAAAAAGAGCAUUGUGUGAUCUUGGAGCUAGUGUGAGUUUGAUGCCAUAUUCUAUCUAUAAAAGACUUGGUUUGGGAGAGUUAAAGAAAACAAAAAUAUCACUUCAACUUGCAGAUCGAACUAUAAAAUAUCCACUGGGUGUACUUGAAGAUGUUUUGGUGAAUGUUGAUAAAUUUGUUAUUCCUUGUGAUUUCGUUAUUUUGGAGAUGAAUGAGGAUGUUGAGAUUCCGAUUAUCUUGGGAAGACCAUUCUUGGCUACUGCUGGAGCAAGUAUUGAUGUGAAAGCCGGCAAGCUUUCACUAAACGUGGGUGAAGAAAAAGUUGAGUUUGAUCUUGAUCAAGUUAUGAAGGCACCGUCACUUGAAACCGAAAGCUUUGCUGUGGAUAUUGUUGAAGAACUUGUGCAGGAUGUCACUGAUAAUAUUCUCGAGAAGGAAACCGAAGGUGAUGGAAACGAUUCUCUGAAACUCCGAGAAAGGGAAUUUAAGGAGAUGGAUUUGACACUUGGACCAUUUGAGAUGGUUUUGAAAGAGCCACCAUAAAAAAAUGAGGUAAUCACGUCGAGCUAAUGACGUUAAACAAGCGCUUCAUGGGAGGCAACCCAAGGUAUAAUAUAUUUUGUAAUUUUUAUAGGAUUUUAGAAUUUUUGUUUUUAUUUUCUUUACUCCCAUGAGAUGCGUUGAUGGGUGUGUUCAGUGUUUCAGGUUAUGAUAUUUGACUGAUAUUAGUUGAAGAAUCAUGACAUGUUGUGAUAAUGAUGUUGUGCACAAUCAUGCACUCUCUCGUGCAUCUAAUUGGAUCAUGCGCCUGGUUUUUCUUUAAUUUGCACGGUCAUGCAAUCUACAGCAUGCUCAUGCAUUCUCAACAUAGCACAAUCGACUGGAAUUAUCAGACCUUGCAUGAUCAUGCAGUUCCGGAACAUGCUCGUGCAGUCAAUUAUGCUUGCUGCGUGUGAAUUUUGUGGCAUCAGCAUGAUCAUGCUGUUUUGUGCAUGAUCAUGUUCUUCCUUCACUUGCUUUUAUGGGUUCUGGCAUGCUUAUGCAACAUUCCUCAACCACUUCCACACUAGUCAUGGAUCACGACACUUCAUGCGUAUGCAUAGGGGAGUCUUCUUAACUUUUAUUUGUAUAACUAUUUAUUAUAUUAUAUUAUAUUAUAUUAUAUAUUAUUCAUUGAGGACAAUGAACCAUUCAAGUGUGGGGAUGUGUUCUCACGAAUAAUAAUAAAAAAAAUUGUAUAUUGCCUUGUCUUAUAUUCAGGAAAUUCAUGAUAGUUGCAUUUAAAUUAGAGCAUAUAUUUUUAUUAAUUUAUUUUCUUUUUAGUUUGCAUUUGCAUAAUUCCAUGAAUGUUUAUCGACCAAGUCAAUUUCCUAUGAUGAGUUUAAUUGCAUAAUUUCUUGGUUAGUAGUCUUGAUCAUAUGUGAUGUCUUGCAUGCUUAGAAAUUGUUUGUGCGGAACUUGUAAUUACACAAUAACUGUUCUAGAAGCGAGAUUUAGACUAGCUUAUUUCUUGAGUCUUAACGAUGGGCCGGACGUAGAAUUUUGACUAUUCCCUUUUGAGCUUAGAGUCUAUAAUUCUUAAGUGAGGGGGAGCUUUGGGAUAUACAUGCCUUUCAAAAAAAAAAAAAGAGAGAAAAAAAAAAUAGACACAUAUAUUAGCAAUAAAGUUCACGAAAAAAAAAAUGGUGGUAUAAUUGACUAAGUUGGGCUCAUUAAUACUCGAGUAAUUAAGUCUGAGGGGACUUUGUGCCUAGUAACCUAAAGCCUUUCAUGGUUCGGGAUUACUGACCCAACGCUCGCUAAAUGGGUAUUAGUGUAUAAAUCUUUUGGGAUCUCAACCACUGCACGGUCAAAUAAGCCACCUAAACAGCAUGUGUGAACAAUUUGGUUGGUGAAGUCUUAUGGUGGUCGUAACUCAUUUACACUGAGAAGCGUCCCGACCUUAGACCGAGCAUGUACACACCAAACAAUAGAUAUUGAAAAAAAAAAGCAUAUAUAAGAGAGGCAUGGAAGUACCUUGGUGACCCUAAGCUGUAGUUGACUCUAAUGUAACGAAAUGUUUAAGCAUUAUUCUGAUUAAAGACUCAUGGUUAAGAUUCUGUUGAACUUUGUUGGUCUCUAUUUCGUUUCAUUAGAGAGCAUGUUGAGCACACACGAUGCACUCCGUACUUGCAGUGAAAGAGUUGCAUGACUAAUAUGUGUGAUAGAUGAAAUCCUUGAUUGUUGCAAAUUCUGAGGAUUAUAUGUUGACAAGGUUGAUAAUUUCUUGAUUGGAAUCUAUGCAUAUUCAUUUAGUUUGCAUUCAUAUUAGUUGCAUUUUUAAGACUUGGCAAAGAAAAAAAAAUGAAUUUUGUGGGUACAUUCACUAUAGGCCCUCACGAGACCUUACUCGUCCACUAGGGCUGCCUAGGGGUUUAAAGGGCUUGUUGCAUAUGCCAAAUGCAACCGUGAUCACCUACGGAAGUGGUAUAUAAUUAUUAGGUAUUAGUUUUAGUUGUUUUGUUUGCCCGAGGACGUGCAAAACACUAAGUGUGGGGAUAUUUGAUAGAGCAUAUAUUUAUAUAUGCUUCUAUAUGAUUUUAUUCCCAUAAUUUUAGUAUUUUGUAAAUAAUCGGGUUAUUACUGAUUGAUUUUAAGUGUUUAAUGGCAGGAAAAUAAAUAUUCCUAAAGUUGGAUUAAAUCAAGCUUAAUUGGGCUUAAUCAGGUGAAAAUUCGGAUUUUACGGGCUACCUGCACAACAAACUUGUUUGGGUCAUAACUUGAGCUCUGGACGUCAGAAUUGGGCGAUUCAACAGCCCACGCGAAGAUAUCGAAAUUGUCUACAAGUUUAAAGUGGUCCAGCUCUCUAAAGACAAAUGGAUCAGCCCAGAAUCAGGCCUGAAAGUCAGCCUACGAAUUUCUUUUCAGAAUCCAACUUGUUUUAGGAAAUUUGAUUUGUUUUUCAAGGAAACCAUUAAAACACUAUUAUUAUUAGGGUUUUGUAUUAUUAGAAAUAUAUCGAAUAGUGGGUAUUGAGAGAUAGAGGUAAAGAAAGCUUUGAGAGAUAACUUGAGCAAAGAUUGAAGGGAUUCAGUCAAAGUUCGAGAGAUUUCGUCAAGUUGUAUUUUCUUCACUCUUGUACUCUUUUGACAUGAUUUCAGUAAUAUAUAUAUUCGUGUUUUCUUUAA